CCCCUAGCGGUGACGCUAAAAUAUAAUACCAAAUAAUACCAAAUACCAAAUACUUAAUGUCUUGUAUCACACAGCUGGCGAGCAAAUAAACCGACUGUAUUCUGAAUUAGAACAACAGACACGCACGAUGGGUCGUAUCUUCCUGGAUCACAUCGGAGGCACUCGCCUCUUCUCCUGCGCCAACUGCGAUACCAUCCUGACCAACCGCUCCAAGCUCAUCUCCACACGCUUCACCGGGGCGACAGGGCGGGCUUUCCUCUUCAACAAGGUGGUGAACCUGCAGUACAGCGAGGUCCAGGACCGCGUCAUGCUUACAGGGAGGCACAUGGUGCGAGACGUCAGCUGUAAAAACUGCAACAGUAAGCUGGGCUGGAUCUACGAGUUCGCCACCGAGGACAGCCAGCGCUACAAAGAGGGGCGCAUCAUCCUGGAGAGGGCGCUGGUGAGAGAGAGCGAGGGCUUCGAGGAACACGUGCCGUCCGACGCCUCCUGAAUCUCUCUCUCUCCUUUCCCCCUCUCUUCUCUCUCUCAUAGACAUUAAAAACAAUAAGUUACAAUAAGGGCACUGCUGGUGAAACAACACCAUCAAAAAAUUAACUUAUAACUCUUUAAUCUGUGAAAAUUUAUUAAUUUGUGUGGUUUGUCAAUUACAUUUAAAAACGGAUCUACAGUACUUCACUGAUAGAAGAAAAAGGUGCUUCAGUUAUGUUAUAAAUGACGGAAGGAUAAUUACUUAGGACAACAAGGUGUGUGAUUUAUCACAAACACAUUUGUUUAAGCAUUUUGAGCAGUUACUAAAUAUAAACAAAGAUGGAACAUACAA